AUGGAUGGCGAUCCGGCCGUAGAGCCUCAGCUCGAUGCCUUCAGCCUGGCGUUUCCUCUGCCCUACCGAGUCGGCUUUAUCGUCACUCUAGCUGUUUGGGGAUGGGGCCUUAACCUCCAUUGGCUGCAUAGCUUCCGAAUCGACGUUCCCGCCCUGAUCCGAUACCCUGGACGAAGCUCGCCGCAGCAUAUAUCGCAUCAUCUGUCUACAUACCGACUCUCCAUAGUCUUGACGGCGCUGUUCUCGCUCUCCAUUACGCUGUUCUGGCUGUGCACAUGGCACGUGCCAGCCCGGGUCAUUGCCUACGACUGGAUGCCAAUGACGUACCUGGUCGUGCUGGUGGCAAUCUUCUUCGUUCCUUUGCGAAAUCUGCCUACCGGUGGUCGAAGGCGCUUCCUUGCGACGCUGCGGCGGGUGAGCAUUGGCGGCAUUGCAGAGGCGCAGGAUGGCAAAUUUGGAGACAUCUUGCUGGCUGAUGUCUUGACAUCGUAUGCCAAGGUGUUUGGAGACGUUUUCGUCACGCUGUGCAUGUUCUUCAGCGCCGGAGGCUCCUCGACGGACCAUCCCAACAGGAGCUGCGGGGGGACGUUCUUUGUCCCGCUGCUCAUGGCUGUGCCGAGCAUCAUCCGUUUCCGGCAGUGCCUCAUCGAGUACCUGAGAGUUCGACGGGCCCCGUACAAGGAGUCUUCGGGCUGGGGUGGCCAACACCUGGCCAACGCUCUCAAGUACUCUACCGCAUUCCCCGUCAUCAUCACAAGCGCCAUGCAAAGGGGGGCCGGGCCAGAGAGCGACGUGGUCGCGCUGCACCGAGCUUGGCUGGUCGCCGUUUUGGUCAACUCGCUCUACUCCUUCUACUGGGACGUUGCCAAAGAUUGGGAUCUGACACUCUUCUCGUCGCGAGAGCGAGCAUCAGUGCACCACCCGUGGGGGCUGCGUGAUCGGCUCGUCUUCCGCUCGGCUGGCCUGUACUACUUUGUCAUCGGCCUCGAUUUCAUGCUGCGUUGCUCGUGGUCGAUGAAGCUGAGUCCACAUCUUGACAAAUUCAGUGAUUACGAGAGCGGAAUCUUCCUGAUUGAGCUACUCGAGGUGUUCCGGCGGUGGAUGUGGAUAUUCUUCCGCGUUGAGACGGAGUGGAUUAGGAAUUCCUCUACGGGCCUCGGUAUUGACGAUAUCCUGUUGGGCGACUAUCAGGGGAAAGACGAUGACGACUAA